CAGAAAAUAAACGAAAAACGAUAAUUUUGCGUUUAUUUUCGUUUUUUGCUAGGCCCCAUAGCAAUCAAGGUGAAUGUCAAAAUGGCGACGCUGAAGAUCUUCAGUGCUCGAUCUAGCCUUGGAGGUUUGAUGCGACAAGGGUUGAUGCCUGUGUUUGCCACACAGCACCGAAAUCAUUACAAGCAAGUUGGACAAAAAGAAGAAUCUUUAGAGUGGGCACCCAUAGCUGAUAGAUUUGCUAAUACAAAUUUUUGGAAUGACAUGCUGAAAGGUAUGGGUGUUUGCUUGGGUAUGAUUUUGAAAGAGCCAGCUAACCUCAACUAUCCUUUUGAAAAGGGACCUCUCAGUCCUCGUUUUCGUGGAGAGCAUGCCCUCAGGAGAUACCCCUCAGGUGAAGAGAGAUGUAUUGCUUGUAAGCUUUGUGAGGCCAUCUGCCCAGCACAGGCUAUUACAAUAGAAGCUGAACCUAGAGCAGAUGGAAGUCGCAGGACAACACGCUAUGAUAUUGAUAUGACAAAAUGUAUUUAUUGUGGCUUUUGUCAGGAGGCUUGUCCAGUGGAUGCCAUUGUUGAGGGCCCAAACUUUGAGUAUUCGACAGAAACACGAGAAGAACUUCUAUACAAUAAAGAGAAACUACUGAGCAAUGGUGACAAAUGGGAGACGGAAAUUGCCGCCAACUUGCAGGCAGAUUAUCUCUACAGAUAAAUAUUUUUUCAUUGCAUUAAAUGUUGUAUAUAAAUUAUAAUUGCAAGAUAUUUUGGUUAGCGUUUUAUUUUCUGAGAAGGUGGUCAAUAAAAAAAUUUAAUGUUAAUUAUUGAUUGACGUCAUUAAAUGAGUUACUAAUAAUGACACGACAGUGAUAGUGAAAGAGUUAAUAAAAAUUAUCUUCAAGGAUAAAGGAAAUAUUGUUAAAAUUGUUUACUAGAGUUUCAAGUUGUUGAAUGUGUAUCUGGUAUAGAUGGAAUAGUUUUGAUAUUUGUCUGCUGAUAAUUACUUAUCAACUGAUAUUCAUUGUGUAGAAACAUUGAAAAAAAUAAAACAGGAGAUUAAAAUG